GCGGAGGACAAAAAACAGAGCAGAGAGUCCCCAGGCGGACGUGCGCGAAGGUGAUGCAACCGCCAGGCGGGAAGAGGGGAGCUGGGGUCGGGACUGGCGAAGGGAUGCGCACCGGCUGCAGCCGGGUGGGCGGGCAGGCACCGGGCGGGGAUUCGCUGGCUGAGUGAUGCUCCCGCCGCUUCGAUGACUGGCUCAAGGCAGCAUCUCUCAGCCGCCCCCCUGCCAACACCCCGCCCGCCCUGCCGUCCCGUUAUAAGAGCGCUCGGAGCCGUUCGCCACUUCGCCACAACAUCACAGACCGGCGAGACCUGCGCCUCGCUUCCGCGGCAACGCCGCCGCCGGUCCCCUGGAGCCUCGGGACGGGGGAUCGGGGGAGAGAAAGCGCACCCCGAAUCCCCGAGGCGAUCCUGGGAAGGAGCUCCUUAGCCCCGUCGAGAGGGGAGCCCGGCGCGCCCCGCCAGCAGCAGCAGCAGCAGCGGCUUCUCCAAGGUGCGGCGGUGCGCUCCUCUCGCUCUCGGAAGCGCGCGCCUGGAUGCCCGGCUGCGGACCCGCGCCCUCUGCUGGCGAAGCCAUGACGCCGCACAGCCGCUCGGAGGCCGGGAAGCCGGAGCAGGCGGCCGCAGCAGCCGCCGCCAGCCGCGAGUUGGAGGUGCGCGGAGCGGGCGCCUCCGCCUCGUCCCUGCCCGCGGCGGUGCGGGGCGCGCUGGAGCUGGCCGAAGCCCGGCGUCGGCUGCUGGAGGCCGAAGGGCGCCGGCAGUUGGUGUCGGAGCUGGAGAGGCGCGUCGAGCAGUUGCACCGCGUCUUCAUCGAAGCCGAGCUGCGAAUGGCCAACCGCGCCGAGAGCCUGGGCCGCCUGGGCAGCGGCGUGGCGCAGGCCGAGCUCUACCUGACCGCGCACGGGCAGCGCCUUAAGAAGAGCCUGCGGCGCUGCAAGAAAGCCAGGCCGCCCGCCUUGCUGGCUUCGGCGCUGGGACUGGGCAGCUGCGUGCCUUGGGCUGCGUGCAGAACGCGCCGCGGCCGAGGGGGCGCCCCGGAGCCUCCCGAGUCCCCCUUCAAGAGGAUCCAGCAGGGGGCAGCACCAACUCCUUCUCCCCAUCAGCCCCGGCGAGCCCGGCCUUAGAA